AACUUUUCCUUGUUUUAUUUGUCGCACCUAUUUUAUUCACUUCGAAGUACUCCACUUUCUUCUUUCGUUUUUCUCAAGCCGAUUUAGUGGCCAUGGCUGGUGCAACUGUCCGAAUUCCAAAUUGCUAAUGCAGUCACUCGCACAGAGAAGUAUUACUGUUUGUUGAGCUUAAGCUAUGUAUAUACAUAUAACUGUUGUUUAUAUAUCCAUACUCGGCGACGAAUCUUAGGUAGAUAAAUCUCGGCAUCUUUGUUUUUUCAUUUUGUUGUCUUUUUGCCGUUGGUUCAAUUUAUGAUAUAGGCAUAUUUCGUGAAUAAUAAUCGUUCGUCACGUUGAUGCAGCUUUUCCGGUUAGCUACUUGGUCAUCUCAUUUUCAUCGUUUCAUUUUUACGCACAGCUUAAUCGACGGAUUCUCUUCAUCUGAUGGCUUCUAUUUCAAAUGGUGCUUCGGGUGAGGUCUCCAACAUACGGCCUCUGGAGAAUGGGUGCUUACCCAAAUACAAGCCAAGGAGAAGAGUAUCUGCAGUCCGGGACUUUCCCCCACUUUGUGGCCGUAAUACUGUGCCGGUGAAUUUGAAACCUGAAGAAAUUAGAGGCAGUGAACCUGGGCCCAUCUUGGCUAAUACUUUUGGAAGUCCUAAAAUGGCUGAAACAAUUGGGCCCCAGCUGGUCGGAUAUUCUGAAGACGACAUCAAAGCAGAGAGUAAUGAGGUUAACACUUCUGAAAUGCCCAAACCCGUGAAGGAUUGGGAGACGAAAACAGAUACCGACUUACUAAAUGAUGUCAGAUGUAGCAGUGUGAAAAACUCUAAUAUUAAAGUGGAGUGUGAAUCACAUGAAGCGUUAUCUAUUACUGUGGAUGUGGAUAUGACUGAGCCGUUGGAAGAGUUGGAUGCUGCUGAAAAUUUGAUCACAAAUGGUAAACUCAAUGAAAUUAAUGCACUGGAUGGUGCGAAAACUGAUUCCCCUCACAAAGAAACUGAGGCUAGAGGACAGACAUUGCUGGAUAAGUUAAACAAAGUGCAAACAUUGACUUUGGUUAAGAAAUCAGGUCUGGAGGCGGCCAAGCCAAUUCAGGAUAGUUCUGUUAGGGUGAAGUUCAAAUACCGUACGACGACUGUGUCUGCAGUUCGUGACUUCCCUCCCUACUGCGGGAUAAAUGUUCGUUUACCGGUUGAAGAAGGCUGGCCUGGUGGAGAUGUGAAGCUUAAAUCAGCAUCCCAUGAAAUUCUGCCAGGAACUGUUCUGCAGGAUUGGACUAUUAGGCAGAUAACUCAGACUUCCCAAGGAAAAUGUCUGAUUAGACUCAAAAAAUCCCUUGUCGCGAAUGAGUCAACCGCAUUGAGUGAUGGGUGGGCUGGUGGACGGCCAUUAGGUUCAGGAAAAAGCAGCGGUACUGUACAGCAAAGCAAUAUUCAGAAAUUAGAAAGGGGAGAUGCUGUCGUCCAUGAUGAAGACAUGCCUGAGAUUGCUACUACUAUUUCGGCUGAACAUGCUGGAAAAAAUGUCGUUAAUUAUCCAGGAAAAAGGGAUGAAAGAUUCAAGCCUUUGCAUAGUGCUUCUAGCUCAAACGAUGACAAGAAUAGGAAGAUCAUAUAUGCUCUGAUGGGUGAACCAAACUGUUCUUGGAAGAAAGCGAAAACAUCUCCGAGCAAUAAGCAUGAUCGGAGAAUGAGUGGAGAAAGAAAUGAGCUUAGUCCCUCCAGGCGGCACAAAUCGAAGGUCACUGCUAAGAAAAGUAUUCAGAAUGUAAAACCCUUAGUACCUCUGUCCAAAAUGCGCGAGAAAGUCCGUAUCAAUAAUGACGGUGAUGACGAUGGGAGUCCCGACGCCUUGCUACCUGCAUACGGUGAACAAAAAAAAGGGAAUUUAUCCAGAAAAUCCCUUAAGCAGAAGGAUUUCGAGGUCACCCUACCCCCCUUUGGCCCCAACAGCUCCGGCCACGGAGACGCCCGCAACAAAGUCCGAGAGACCCUUUGUUUGUUCAACGCCAUAUGCAGAAAGCUCCUGCAGAAAGAAGAAGCAACCUCGACCCCUGAGCACGAACACAAACCGGGGAGAAACGUCAAAAGGAUCGACCUUUUCGCCGCCAAUGCUAUCAAGGAGCAAGGAAAAGAAGUCAACAGCGAGAAACAAAUCCUGGGAGACGUUCCCGGAGUUCAGGUUGGGGACGAGUUUCAAUACCGAGUCGAGCUUGCAGUUGUCGGCAUCCAUCGCCUGUACCAGGCCGGCAUAGACUCAAUGAAGCUCGAAAACGGGCUAUCGGUUGCCGUUAGCAUCGUCUCGUCCGGGUCUUAUUCUGACGAUAUGGAAAACUCCGACGUCUUGAUAUACUCCGGACAAGGAGGAAACGUCGUCGGCAAGCAAAGGCAGAAUCCUCACGACCAAAAGCUCGUGAGGGGCAAUUUGGCCUUGAAAAACAGCAUAGACGCGAAAACGCCCGUCCGCGUGGUUCGUGGGUGGAAGGACAAGGCCGUGGACCCUCUUGACCCGAAACCGAAGCUCGUGACUACUUACGUAUACGACGGACUCUACACUGUCGAGAAGUACUGGAUGGAAACCGGGCCCCACGGAAAGCAAGUCUUCAUGUUCGAGCUGCGUAGAAAACCCGGCCAGCCCGAACUCCCCUGGAAGCAGCUGAAGAAGUCGUCGAACAAUGCUCGGUUUCGGCCGAGUGUGUGCAUCAUGGACGUAUCUCGGAAAAAGGAGCCGUUCGGUAUUCCGGCUGUGAACACUAUAGACGACGAGAAGCCUCCCUCGUUCGACUACGUCGAGAGAAUGAUGUAUCCUAGCUGGCACAACCCCGUAGCGCCACCUGGCUGCGAUUGCACGGGCCGGUGCUCGGAUUCGAGAAAGUGCCGGUGCGCGGUCCGUAACGGCGGCGAGAUUCCUUAUAAUCGAAACGGAGCACUCGUGGAGACUAAGCUUCUCGUGUACGAGUGUGGGCCCCACUGCAAGUGCCCGCCUUCCUGCUACGACAGGGUUAGCCAGAGAGGAAUCAGGCACCAGCUCGAGAUCUUCAAGACCGAGACUCGGGGUUGGGGGGUGCGGUCACUGACCUCCAUACCUUCCGGAAGCUUCAUCUGCGAGUACGCAGGGGAGCUUCUGAAGCACACGGAAGCGGAUAGGAGGAUUGGGAGUGACGAGUAUUUGUUCGACAUUGGGCAGAAUCUGAGUGACUCGUGUUUGAAUGCGGAGGAUGAGGCUCUCUCGGCUGAGCUUGUUGGGGAAGGCGGGUACACUAUAGAUGCGUGCAGGCAUGGGAAUGUUGGGAGAUUUAUUAAUCACAGCUGCGCGCCGAAUCUGUAUGCGCAGAAUGUUAUUUACGAUCACGAUGAUAUGAAGAUGCCGCACGUGAUGCUUUUUGCGAUGGAGAAUAUUCCGCCAUUGAAGGAGCUGACCUAUCACUAUAACUACUCGGUGGAUCAGAUUCAGGACUCACAUGGGAAUAUUAAGGUGAAGAAGUGUUACUGUGGUGCGGCGGAGUGUACGGGAAGGAUGUACUGAGGUGUUUGCAGAUUAUGAUGAGAAUUUGGGGGUUAUGUUACUUUUUGUUGGCUGUUGGGUGUUUGUAAGUUUUUAGAAGUUUUUAUUGUGUGUAUGUAUUUGACUGAUGAAGUAUGGGUUGGGGAUUCUUUGUGUUGCUGCUAACUAAGGGCCUGAGAAUUUGUACUGUGUGGUGCUUGUGGUGGCUGACCUGGUUGUGUUGUUCCUUUUGGUAGGGAAGGAUUUGUUAAUGGCCAACAAAUUUUAUCAAAGUGAAUGAGUAGUUUGAUGUUAUGAAAAUGAUAAUCUUUGAACU